AUGUCGUCUCUGCCUGGCACAUGGUCGGUUAAAUUGGCCAAAGAGAACUGGGAAGGAGACAUCGCCGACGGUAACCCGUUACGUGCCCACCAAACGUAAACAGUCGCAGGAAUGACGGAUCUUGCAAAGAGUUUGCAACUUUCUGAAACGUCUGUGUAUUACGUAUUCCGUUGUUCGGCGAGAAAUCGCCGUGAAUCGAGUGAAUUUCAAGGGUUAGCGGAGUAGAAAGAAAACGCAUGGAAGGAAUGCUGCUUUCUUGCUGAUGUAACUCCUUUGACAAACGGAGUUUCUUCUUCUUCUGAAUGUGUAAUAUUUUAUUAUAAAUAGCUAGGGAGAGAAAAGUUUCCUUUUUUGUUUAAGUCUGUUUCCAUUGAUGCCAACUUACUAAAUGAACAAACUAGAAGUUCCUAAAGGUUGAUAUUAUAUUUUAAAUCAUGUAUCAAGUAUUUAUUUAUUAUAUUUUAUUUAUUAUAUUUUUUUUAUUUUAUUUAUUACAUUUUUUAAUACACAUAAUUAAUACAUAAAUAAUGCAUAUUAUUAAAAUUAAUAUUAAUAGAAUUGUAUUUAAUGGAUGUGAAAUUUGGUGAUGAACCUAAGUUUUACCUGCUGAAUAUAAAAGCUUCAUAUUUUCCUAAUGAAAACAAAGGAAUUGGAUCGUCAAUUACACAAUUGCAUGAAAAUAAUUUUUCCUUAUUAUCACAAAAUCUAUUUUCAAAAGAUAUAGAGUAGAACGAGCACGCGUGACUGCAGAACGAGCGUCGCGAGGAUGAUGAGCUCCAUGCAAACGCAAUUACCUGGAUCGCUGCAUGAUUAUCAAGUCGAUCCUUACCGGCUUCUCGAUGACGAUCUCAAAGACGUCUACGAGGAUAUACGAGAGAGCCAUGAAUUGCUAACGAAGGCGUUAGAUCAUUCACCACUUGUAUGUAAAGUAUGUAUGAAAAAUCGUCGGCUAACGCGUUAUUAUAAAUAUUUAUACCGACGGACGGUGUUUUCACAAAUAGUCCGCCAAGCUAGCGAAAGCAGCCCAAGCAGACUUCACGGUCUGCAUAUAUGGCCGAGAGUACUCGUCAGGAACACGACGCAGAAGGAGCUGCAAACUAUAGCGACGUACUACUUCGACGGUAAGGGAAAGGCGUUGCGGCCGAUGGUAGCAAUCCUCAUGGCACGGGCUAUCAAUUACCAUAAGGAAAGAAAUGGUCUCUUGGCCUCGCAGCGGCAAGUGGCGAUGGUGUGCGAGAUGUUCCAUAACGCUUCCUUGAUCCACGACGACGUAAUCGAUCAGCCGGAUUUCCGCCGUGGCAAGCCUUCGAUCAACGUUGUCUGGAGUCAGAAGAAGGUAAGUGACGAGACUCGCCAAAUUACAAUUGUAAUCGACGAAUUAAAAUCUAAGAUUCCACAUUCCAUUCGGCUCGACGAAGACUACUUUUGAUAAUACAAUCAGUGACUAAGCGGUUAUUCAACACCAGUGCCUUGAAAAUGUUAACACAAAACGCGAGGAAUAAUUUUCAUGCUUGAAGAGAGCUGCUUUCCUCUAGUCUUGUUUUUAUCAAUUUUAGAAUUCUCGAGUCUCGAGAUGUGUUCAUGUAAAUUUCUAAAUGACGAUGCAUUUUUUUUUCUUUUUAUAAACCACGUUUCUCACAUGUAGCAGUAGCGAGAAUUUUGGAAUAUUAAAUCAUCAGGCUGUGAAAUAGAUUAUAAUGUUGGAUAAAAUAAUAUUUUUGUGUGAGAAUAACUUAUGUUUCUUUAUUAUAAUUACAUUUAUAGAAAUAUGAAUUUCCAUAA